CCCGGUGGGGCGCGGGGCGGGUACGGCGGCCGGUGCGGGACAUGGCGCGGCGCCGCCGGCUGCUGCCGGGGCUGCGGCUCGGGCUCGGCCCGGUGCUGCUCGGGCUCGGCCCGGUGCUGCUCGGUGCCGCCGCCGCUUUCAACCUGGACCGCACCUUCCCCGUGCUCAAGGAGGGCCCCGCCGGAGCCUUGUUCGGCUUCUCGGUAGCGCUGCACCGGGACACGGAGCGGCAGGAGCGGAGCCUGCUGCUGGUGGGGGCCCCCCAGGACGCGGAGCCGGUGAACGGGACACGGACGGGCGCCGUGUACGCCUGUCCCCUGAGUGCCACCACCCGCGACUGCCAGCGCCUGGCCAUCGAGCUCAAGGAUGAGCCGGACAAGGCCAUCAUCGAGGACAUGUGGCUGGGGGUGACAGUGGCCAGCCAGCGGCAGCCACCGGGGAGGGUCCUGGCCUGUGCCCACCACUACACGCUGCUGGUGGGGGCCCCCCAGGACGCGGAGCCGGUGAACGGGACACGGACGGGCGCCGUGUACGCCUGUCCCCUGAGUGCCACCACCCGCGACUGCCAGCGCCUGGCCAUCGAGCUCAAGGAUGAGCCGGACAAGGCCAUCAUCGAGGACAUGUGGCUGGGGGUGACAGUGGCCAGCCAGCGGCAGCCACCGGGGAGGGUCCUGGUGAGCACGGAUUACAUGCUGCAGCGGGAGACGUGGGACCUGCACGACUUCUCCUACCCCAACAAGAGGAUCGGCAACACCUACAUAGGGUACACGGCCGAGGUGGGCAGCGCGGUGCUGCAGCGGGACGCGGUGACCGUGGUGACGGGCGCGCCGCGGUACCGGCACACCGGAGCCGUGCUGCUGCUGAGCCGCGGCGCCCGGCAGACGCUGAACCGGAGCCUGCUGCUCCCCGGGCCGCAGGUCGGCUCCUACUUCGGCAGCGCCCUCGCCCUGGCCGACCUCAACAACGACGGGUGGCAGGACCUGCUGGUGGGGGCCCCCUACUACUUCGAGAGGAAGCAGGAGGUGGGGGGCGCGGUGUUCGUGUACAUGAACGAGGCUGGGGGCUUCCAGCAGCUCCCCAGCCUGGUCCUCACCGGGCCCAGCUACUCCGGGUUUGGCUUUGCCCUGGCCAGCAUCGGGGACAUCAACCAGGACGGGUUCCAGGAUAUCGCCGUGGGGGCUCCUUUCGAGGGGCCUGGCAAGGUCUACAUCUACCACAGCAGCGCCCUGGGGCUGCGGGACCGACCCCGGCAGGUGAUCAGCGGGGCAGAGCUGGGCCCCACCAAGAUAAAAACCUUCGGGUACUCGCUGAGCGGGGGGCUGGACAUGGACGGGAAUUCCUACCCGGACCUGCUGGUGGGCAGCCUGAGCGAGAGAGUCGUGCUGCUCAGAGCCCGGCCCGUGAUCAACAUCCUGGACAAGACCUUCACGGUGACCCCCAGCAAGGUGGACCCUGCCCAGUGCACGCCCAAGUCCUGCAUGACGGUGACCCUGUGCUUCUCCUACAACCAGAGCGCGGGGGACCCCAACUACAGCGAGAGGAUCACCCUGCAGUACACGCUGGAGGCCGACAAGGACCGGCACCCGCCCAGGGUCAGGUUCUCGGGGUCCCAAUCUGCCACCUACACCGGGGACUUCUCCAUGCCCGACACCCGCUGCCAGUCCCAGGAGCUCCUGCUGCUGGACAAUGUCCGGGACAAGCUGCACCCCAUCGUGCUCUCCAUGAACUACUCCCUGCUGGAGAGGCCCAGAACCUUCCAGCUGGGCCCCCACUCCCUGGACGCCUUCCCCGUCCUCAACCAGGACCAGUCCCACGAGAACGAGACCAAGAUCGAGUUCCAGAAGGAAUGUGGCUCCGACAACCAGUGCUACAGCAACCUCCAGCUGCGGAGCAGCUUCGUCACCGAGCAGAACCAGCCGCUGCCCAGGGUGAACGGCACCCAGGUGCUGCAGUACAGCCGGGACGUGCGCAAGCUGCACCUGAGCAUCAACAUCACCAACGUCCCCACGGCGCCCUGGAACGGCGAGGACGCCCACGAGGCCCUGCUGAACGUCACCGUGCCCCCCAGCCUGCUGCCCUCCUCCGUCCGCCCGAGCGGAGCCUGCACCUUCGGGGAGACAGUGCUGUGCGAGCUGGGGAACCCUUUCAAGAGGAACCAGAGGGCUGAGCUGACCAUCACCUUCGAAGCCAUCGGGAUCAUGCUGGACACGCGGGAGGUGGCGGUGUGGCUGGACCUGUCCACGCAGAGCACCCAGGAGGAUCUGCAGCCCGUGCUGGCCAAGCUGCUGGUGGAUUACAGCAUCCAGUCCUCGCUGAGCAUAGCCUCCUCCCACAUCCAGUCCUACUUCAGCGGGACCGUGGUGGGCGAGUCGGCCAUGAAACAGGAGCAGGACGUGGGCAGCCCCCUCACCUUCGACUUCCAGGUGACCACCAAAGGCGAGUCCCUGGGCACGCUGGGCACCAUCCUGCUGGGGUUUGAGUGGCCCUACGAGAUCCCCAACGGCAAAUGGCUCCUCUACCCCACGGAGAUCCUGGUGAACGGCAACGACACGUGUCACCCCCCCGGGGGGCUCAUCAACCCCCUCAACCUCACCCUGCUGCAGGACCAGGCUCCAGCCCGGCAGAGGCGGGAGCUGGAGCCCCCCGAGCCGGGCGAGCCCCCGGUCACCUUGGCCACCGGCCGGCGCCCGAGGUCCGAGGCGGUGCUGAGCUGCUCGGCGGGCACGGCGCGCUGCGUGUGGUUCGAGUGUCCCCUGCUGCACACGCAGCUGCCCUCCAGCUUCAGCCUCCGCGCCCGCGUGUGGAACAGCACCUUCAUCGAGGAGUUCCGGGACUUUGACCGUGUGAAGGUGGCGGGCACGGCCACGCUGUUCCUGCGCUCGCAGGUGCCCACCAUCAGCAUGAGGAACCACACGGUGCGGUUCUCCGUGGACGUGGACUCGGAGCUGCAGGAGGAGCAGCCGGCCGAGAUCGCGCUCUGGCUGGUGCUGGUGUCGGUGGCAGCGGGGCUGCUGCUGCUGGGGCUCAUCAUCCUCCUCCUCUGGAAGUGUGACUUUUUCCAGCGGACCCGCUAUUACCGGAUCAUGCCCAAGUACCACGCGGUGCGGAUCCGGCAGGAGCAGCGCUACCAGCCCGGGGGGCUCCUGCCCCGCCGCCGCCGCAAGAAGCUCUGGGUGACCAAGUGGCAGGAGCCGGACAAGUACUACUGACCCCCAGCCCCCCGCCCGGGCCCCUGCCAGGGGGGCUCUGACUUUGCACAAGCGCAUCUCCCCCUGCCCCUUCCCCUUCCCCUCAGACGCGGCCGCCGCCGGUCUUGGCUCCCGCAGCCCCUCCCGGUUCUCCCGGGGGGCUCCCGCAGCCCCUCCCGGUUCGCCCGGGGGGCUCCCGCAGCUCCUCCCGGUUCGCCCGGGGGGCUCCCGCAGCCCCUCCCGGUUCUCCCGGUGGGCUCCCGCAGCUCCUCCCGGUUUGCCCGGUGGGCUCCCGCAGCCUCUCCCCGCCCCCCCGGGGGGCUCUUGCACGCUCGUGCCUUGCACGCUUGUGGGGGCGACCCCCCAAAUGUGCCCCCCCGCUCCCCGAAGUGCUGCUGGCCUCACCGAGUGCCUUCCCCCCGCUCCGCAGACACUCCGCUCGCCGCCUCCCUGUCCCUUGUCCCUUGUCCCCAGCCUCCCUGGGACACGGCCCGGCCCCUGGGGACACGUCCCUGCAGGCCGGGACACGCUCGCCCCCCUGCCCUCGGCAAUGGGUGCGGGACCCCUCUGCUUUCCCCGGGGGGAGCUCGUUCCCUCCUGCACCCCCUCCUCACCCCAAACCCCGCGGGGGUCUCCCCCUCCACACCCCAUGGGGGUCUCCCCUGCUGACCUCAGACCCCACGGGGGUCUCCCCUGCAGACCCCAGACCCCUCCUGCUGUUCUCGCAGCUUUGCCUUGGGGGGUGCAGCCGUGUCCCCCCCAUUCCCGCCCCUCGCCCCCCGCCCCGGGGGUCCCUGUCCCGCCCCGCGGGGUUAAAUUAUUCCGUGUUUUGGUGUUUCGGUGUCGAGUCCUGGCGUCUGGUCGGUACCGGGGGCGGCUGGGGAGGGGGUCCCGCGCCCCCAGCCCCCCAGCCGGCCCCC